AUGAUGACCAUGACUACGAUGGCUGACGGGUUGGAAGCGACAGACUCCUCCAAAUCCGCCUUCAUGGAGUUCGGGCAGCAGCAGCCGCCGCCGCCGCCGCCGCCGCCGCCGCCGCCGCCGCCCCACUCGCAGCAGAGCUCGCCGGCCAUGGCCGGCGCGCACUACCCGCUGCACUGCCUGCACUCCGCCGCCGGCUCGCACCCGCACCACCAGCACCACCACCACAGCUCGCCCUACUCCGGCAGCGCCGGCUCCUACAACCACCGCUCGCUGGCCGCCUACCCCUACGUGAGCCACUCGCAGCACAGCCCUUACCUCCAGUCCUACCACAACAGCAGCGCGGCCAGCCAGACGCGGGCCGACGACGCAGAUCAGCAGAAAACAACAGUGAUUGAAAACGGUGAAAUCAGAUUCAAUGGAAAAGGGAAAAAGAUUCGGAAGCCUCGAACCAUUUAUUCUAGUCUACAACUUCAGGCUUUAAAUCAUCGCUUUCAGCAGACUCAGUACCUGGCACUUCCAGAGAGAGCUGAACUGGCAGCUUCAUUAGGACUUACCCAGACACAGGUGAAGAUCUGGUUUCAGAACAAACGCUCCAAAUUUAAGAAACUGCUGAAGCAGGGCAGCAACCCCCACGAGAGUGACCCUCUGCCUGGCUCCGCUGCCCUGUCCCCUCGCUCUCCAGCUCUGCCUCCAGUCUGGGACGUUUCAGCUUCUGCCAAGGGAGUCAAUAUGCCUCCCAACAGCUACAUGCCUGGCUAUUCUCACUGGUAUUCUUCUCCACAUCAAGACACAAUGCAGAGACCACAAAUGAUGUGA